AUGGAAGUCCUUCGGCAGUCUGUCCUCCACGUGGAAGCCCGCUUCAAGAGCAACAGUGACGGCAUCAUUGUUCGCACAGAUUUGGUACUGCGCUUCCUGUACUUCUCACGGCUUGUGGGGUGGAUCUUUGACUCGCAGCCGACUGGCUCGCUGGCCAAGCAUACGUCGGAGACAAUCCUCCGCAUGGUUGCCAUCCGACUCUUCCGCAGACUCAUUCAUGUCUUCCGUAUCCGGUGGGCGACGCCUCGACGAGAUUGUUACACUCGAUUCACCUUGAGAUGGAAUGUUCCUGGAACAACGUCCACGCCUUCAGUGGGUCCCGCUGGCCGAGGCAGUGAACCCGCCGACAGCUUGAAAGAGCGUAUUAAGGUUGAGAGGGGGCUCCAGCAGGACGACACGACUGCACUGGCUGUGCAGAUUAAGCCCGUGGGCUCCACACUGGUACGAAGUCAGGAAGACUGGAGACUCCGACCUCUAGCACCACAGUUGGCCAUUUUCGAGAACGGCCCGCUGGUGGACGCUUUGGACCCCGCCCAUGGUUGA